AUGCCAUCUGGACGUUUCUCGCGCCGGUCGCCGAACCUCGACCUACCUCCGCUGAUCCUCGACUACUCUCCUGCUCCUCCUCCUGAGGAAGGACCCCCGCUCUCCAGAAACGCAAUCCGUGACCCAGCCUAUCUUCCGGCACAGAUCGGUGGCAUUGUUGGCGCCUACGCCUUUUCGCUGCUCCUCGUCGCCUGUCUGCUUCUUGCCCUCUCCAAGUCACGCCGCGAGCAUCUAAGGAAUCGUGACAAUCCUCCAGAGAACCCUGUCAUCGCUUUCAACCCGUUUCCGCAGCCAUUCCUGCUUCAGUCAGAGGAGGAAUACCAGCGAGAACUCGAAAAGUUCCAGACUGAACAGGCUCAGCUUGAACUACUAGAACAACAAAUCGAGCAGUCCAAGAAGCUCACCCUUCAGACCGAUCUCCCAAGGAACUUCUCGUUCCCAUCAAACGUUCCGCCACUAAGCCCGAGCAAGUCGGGCUUUCUGCAUCCACCGCUUAGCCCAACCAGGUCGCUGGUUACUUCGACAUCACCGACAUCAACCAUCCUUGCUGCUGGUAUUGAUCUGUCAGUCGAUCAGUCAGUCGUACAUCGAGAUAGAGCCAUGGCGCAACAACAGCUUGAAGAGAUGUAUAAGCACGUGCUCGAGUUCGAGCAGGCGAAAUUGGAAGGGAGGGAGUAUACAGUUCCCAUCCCUACCCCCGCCAAGACGAAGAAGGAGAAGAAUAAGCCCUCGAGCCUGAACCUUUCUCGUGAUGAGAAGGGCCACUCGCGAGGGUCUUCAAUCCUCUCCUUCCUCAAGUCCCCGCGCAAGAACAAGACAUCUAUGGGCUCCUUGAACAUCUCGUCACCGAUUAUGACGCCCAUGUCUGGGACAUUCCCUCGGCAUGAGGAGCAAGAAAUGAAUCCCAUGCCCCCCCGACACUAUUAUGCCCCUCCGGCCUUCCCCACGGUCCCUGCAGAACCUCCCCGCAGACCCUCAGCUGCUGGCGCAUCGUCUGCAGCUGCGAGCCAGCAUAUUCCAACCCCUGAUGACUCGCCCGUCAGCGACCAGAGUAUUGACGCACGUCUCGAGGCCGCCAAUAUCCAGGCUCGUGAGUCCCGGGAGACACGUGAGACACAGGAUGCUCAUCCUCUCCGCCGUGCCACUCCCGGUUUGGCCGCAGAGCACUCUCGCGAGCAGUCAGUGGCCAGCACACCCGCCGACCACGAGCCUGUGUCUGCCGUCUCGGAGAGGUCCACCACGGGUCUCCUCGCUGCCAGCGUCUCCCCGACCUGGUCAGCAGACCUUCCCGCUUCAGCCCCUCCGUCGUCGAAUGCGUCCAACAAUGGGGAUUCCAGGGCCGAAGGCAGCAAAUCUUCCAGCAAGCCGACCGCUGUGCGUGAGGGUGGCAUGUUGCCGCUGCGUGCAUACGAGCCGUCCGCUGCCAGCCCCACAGCUCCUAGUUAUGCCACCAAGCAGACCGUGUUCACUCGGACUGGCCCGCUGUCGCCCGGCCUGCUCAGCGGCGUGCCCCGCACUCCGUGGACCGGUGCCCCCGUGCCGUACACGCCGUACCAGCCAUUCUCGCCCGUUGUGCCGAUCACCCCCACUGUGGUCACCCGUGCUGAUCGAAAGAGAAUGAAGAAGCUGGAGCCGAAGACACCCACUGUGGAGAUGGUCAAGAGCCAGGAGGAGAUUUGGGGAUGUUAA